UGAAUUUUGCUCUCGUUUCCCUCACAGUCUCUUCAUUCACAUGGGUAGUGAAAACCUCACAAUUCGGCCUGAGUUCAUUCUCUUGGGCCUGUCCUCUGAGCCAAGACAGCAGAAGCUCCUCUUUGCUAUCUUUCUAGUCAUGUAUAUCGUGGCUAUCCUGGGGAACCUCUUGAUCAUCCUGUUGAUCGUCUGGGACACCCAUCUCCACAAUCCCAUGUACUUCUUUGUGAGCCAUCUUUCCCUGGCGGACGCUUGCUUCACCUCAGUCACCGUGUCAAAAAUGUUGGCCAACCUGGUCUCAGAGGCGAAGACCAUCUCUUACGCUGGCUGCCUGACUCAGAUGUAUUUCUUUUUUGCCUUUGGGGUCACCGACAGCUUCCUUCUGGCUGCCAUGGCUUAUGACCGCUAUAUAGCCAUCCGCAAUCCCUUGCACUACACCGGCGUGAUGAGCCGGAGCCUCUGUGUGGGGUUUGUGGCCAGUUCUUGGAUAGUCUCUCACCUCCAUUCCCUGCUGCACAUUAUCCUGAUGUCUCGUCACAUGGACUGUGAGAAUGGCACUGACGUUGUGGAGUUUGUGCUUCUUGGUCUCUUCUCACAACCUGAACAACAGUCUCUCUUCUUCGUCUUCUUUCUGCUGAUGUAUGGGGCAGGCCUCCUGGGCAACAUCAUGAUGUUCAUUCUCAUCACCGUGGAAACCCGGCUUCAGACCCCCAUGUACUUCCUGCUGCGGAGCCUUUCCGUGGUGGACGUGGGCUUCCUCACAGUCACGGUGCCUCAGAUGCUGGUCCACUUCAUGUCCUCUUCCAAGACAAUCCCUUUCUAUUCCUGUAUGGCUCAGUUCUUCUUCUUCUAUGUGUUUGGCAUCACAGACAUUCUCAUGGUGAGCGUUAUGGCUCUGGAUCGCUAUGUCGCCAUUUGCAAUCCACUUCACUAUGCCAUCGUGAUGAACCGGAAGGUCUGCGGACGCUUGGUGGCUGGGUGCUGGAUCAUUUCUACCCUCCACUCCAUGCUGCAUGCUGGCCUCCUCCUGCGCCUCAGUUAUUGUGGGGACAACCAUCUGCCCCUCUACUUCUGUGACCACGAGCCCUUGCUCCAGCUCUCCACCUCGGACACCAGCAUCAAUGAAGCGGCCAUCUUCUUCGAGGGCAUGCCUGUCAUCCUGGGGUCCUUUGCCUUCAUCAUCAUCACCUACCUCCGCAUUGUGGCAGCUGUGAUGAAGUUCUCCGCCUCAGGAAGGCGCAAGGCGUUCUCCACGUGUAGCUCUCAUCUUACCAUGGUGGUGCUCUUCUAUGGUGCAAUCAUUGGGGUCUACUUCCUACCCACAUCCAGCUAUUCUUCCCAACGAGGGACCAUUUUUGCUCUCAUGUACACUAUCAUCACCCCAAUGUCCAACCCCUACAUCUACAGCCUCAGGAAUAAAGAGGUCCAAAAAGCCCUGAGGAAUCUCUUGGGUAGGAUAUCAUUUUCUCACUAACAACUGUGAG